AACAUCCGAUGGGAAAACUCGUCCGCAUACGGCCUCGCCCCCUGGUUCAGUUUCGGAAGCCUGGUCAGCUGACUGCUCCGAAAGUUCUAUCCGAUUGUUACGUUUGUGUCGCCGGGUUCUAUUCGAUUGUGACAUUGUGUCUCAGGGUUCUAUUGGAUUGUUACAUUGUCUCCGGAUUCGAUUCGAUUGUUACAUUGUCUCCGGAUUCGAUUCGAUUGUUACAUUGUGUCACAGAGUUCUAUUGGAUUGUUACAUUGUGUCUCGGAGUUCUAUUGGAUUGUUACAUUGUGUCUCGGAGUUCUAUUGGAUUGUUACAUCCCGUCUCAGAGUUCCAAGCCGCUCCAGUCCCCGGGAGACCCCCGGCACCAAAGAAUGGAAGAGGAUGCCGAACAAGUGAGCCCGGGCUGGUUUUCCAGUUGGAUUCCCUCCUGGUGUCCCACCUCCAUGGCCCACCUCAAGGCGGUCGAGGGGCGCAUCCUGUCAGGGAUCCGCUCGCGCAUGGAGAGCCGCUACGUGAGGCUGAAGUGUGGGGAGAAGAUCUGGACGGUCUCCCUGAGCCCGGAGGUGGAGGGGGCAGUGCCCAGCGGGCAGGGCAGCCCGGGCAGCAGGACCCCGCUGGUGUUGGUGCACGGUUUCGGGGGGGGGCUGGGGCUCUGGGUGCAGAACAUGGAGAGUCUGUGUCGGCAGCGGCCGGUCCACGCCUUCGACCUGCUGGGAUUUGGCAGGAGUUCCCGGCCCCUCUUCCCCUCGGACCCUGAGGAGGUAGAGGGGCAGUUCGUCCACUCCAUCGAGGAGUGGAGGGAGGAGCUGGGACUCAGCAAGAUGGUACUCCUGGGUCACAGCCUCGGGGGCUACCUGGCAGCCAGUUAUACCAUCCAGCACCCCGACAGGGUGAAGCACCUGAUCCUGGUGGAUCCCUGGGGAUUCCCGGAGAGACCGGCCGAUCUCUCGGAAUCCUGGAAGCCCCCGAUGUGGGUCAAAGCAGCAGCUGCUGUCCUGGGACGGUUCAACUUCCUGGCUGUACUGAGGGCAGCUGGGCCGUGGGGUCCCUCCCUAGUCCAGCGUUUCCGGCCGGAUUUGAAGCAGAAAUAUUCAGAUUACUUCGAGGAUGAUACAAUCCUGGAAUAUGUCUAUCACUGCAAUGCUCAAACCCCGAGCGGUGAGGCGGCCUUCAAAGUGCUGUCGGAAUCCUUCGGUUGGGCGAAGAGGCCGAUGUUGGGACGCAUCCACCUCAUCCCAAAGGACGUUCCCAUCACCCUGAUCUACGGAUCCCGGUCCUGGAUCGAGCCCAGCAGUGGGGAGCAAGUCAAGAGUCUGCGGCCGCACUCAUACGUCCAGACAUUGGCCAUCGAGGGAGCCUCCCACCAUGUCUACGCUGACCGCCCUGAGGAGUUUAACGCCGCCGUGCUGCAGGCCUGCGACUCGCUCCCCGCCAGCCCGGCUGGCCCCCGCUCGGCUGCCUCCAGCAACCACCCGAGCCCCUCCCUAACCCGGGCCUCCCCCCGGCCCUCGGAAUGAGGCGCGGGGAGAGGGGAGGCGGGGGGGUCGGGCUGCGGCUGGAACCCAUCUCCCCUCCGACUGGAGCGCUUCCUCGCCUGGUGCCACUUUCCUUGUUUUCCCCUUCCCCCUCCUCUCCCACUCCCAGGACCACGUUUCCCCUCCCCCCCCCCCACGGAAGGUGUUGGGCUGAGUUGUGGGGGGGGGAGGUGGGGGGAGAGCACUCGCUGAUUCCCUGGACAUUAGCCACCAGUAAAAAGACAACAACAGGGUCUCGGUUGUCGGAGGACUCGUGUGCGUGCGCGCGUUGGCGAAACGUCUAAUACUUUCCAUCCCAGACUCUUCCCUUCCACCCCCCCACCCCCGUAACGUCUACCCUGGGUUGACCCUGCGUCUCCCAGGGCCAGUGCCCAGGCAGAGAGUACACCCACGGGGAAGGGAGUCAGCGCUGAGGGGGACGCCGUGUCGUCAGAUCUCCCACGGUGUGGUUGCGCGGGGAGCGUUUGGUAUCCCGGGGCCAAUUUCUAACCCGAACGUCCCAGCGGCAGGCGAUAAGAGGUCCUCGCUUCCGAAAGGAGGGUUUUUAACGGGGGCCGUGCUGUCGUGGGAGCGUCCCGGGGAGGUCCGUGACUGGCACUGUGCAAGGGCCACUUUCACGCCAGCAACAAAAAUCCCGAACUGGCCACAGGGUCACGGUCCUCCUGAAGUAAAUCGAAUCAAGUGUGA